AUGAUAGUUGAGGAAGGUAAACCUGAUAUCACUAUCGCUAGUCCCCGUUAUCCUGGUCGUCCGAGAUAUGAAGGAGCUCCGCCGCAUCUUUCUGAUCGUGUUCUUGCGAGCAUUUUGACGGGGCCUCGGCGGAUGUAUUUGGAGCGGAUGAGGUUGGUCAGGUUUUAUUAUGAGAGUUUUCGGAAUCUUUCUGGGAUUAAGCCGCUAGAGGAGGGAGAUGGGUUAAGUGGUCUGAAGGGAGUCGAUGUCAAUGAAGACUUCGAGACGGAGGAUUGCGAUAGGACUGAGGAUUUUCAUAGUAUUGAGGAUCUUGGCGAGGCUGAUGGGCUUAACGGGGUUGAGAAACUCAACGGGCCUGGGGAUCUCAACGACAUCGAGGAUCUCAACAGCAUCGCGAACCUCCACGACAUCGACAAUCUCACCAUCACUAAUGAUCUCAACGGGGCCGAGAAAGACAAUGAUAUUGAGAUGGGGGAUAUCGACACAUCCGAUGACCUGGGUUCACUUUUUGAGGACGACGGAAUGGAUUGUGGAUGA